AGCCUUCUCCGGGUCUUCCGCAAAGCCUUGGACACCACCCUUCCGCCGCGGCCGACCAACCGCCGCCGGAGCUGGCUGCUUCCGGCCGCGGGGGCCAGAUCGCGGAAGUGCCGGGCCCGUGAGCACCGCCACCGCGUCCGAGAUGGCGGACCUCCACCGCCAACUGCAAGACUACCUGACGCAGGGCAAAGCGGGCAGGACGGCGGCCGCCGAGCCGCUGCUCGCCGCGAGGGCAGCAGAAGAGCCCGCGGCCGGGGCAUGGCUAGGCCGCACGGCUCUGCGAUGGCCGUGGGCUGCGAGCCCCACGGAGCCGCCGCCCGCGGGCGCGAGCUGCAUCCCAAACGUGAGCCGCGGGCAGCGCCUGGCGGCGGGCGGGCUGUGCCUGCUGCUGGCGGCGCUCUGCUUCGGCCUGGCGGCGCUCUACGCGCCGCUGCUGCUGCUGCGCGCCCGCAAGUUCGCGCUCCUCUGGUCGCUGGGCUCCGUGCUGGCGCUGGCGGGCGCGGCGCUGCUGAGGGGCGGCGCGGCGUGCGGGCGCCUGCUGCGCUGCGAGGAGGCGCCGUCGCCGGGCGCCCUGGGCUACGCGGCCGCCCUGGGGGGCACGCUCUACGCCGCGCUGGCCCUGCGCAGCACGCCGCUGACGGCGCUCGGCGCCUGCGCGCAGCUGGCCGUCCUGCUGCGCGCGCUGCUGGGGCUGCUGCCCUGGGGCGGCGGCACGGCGCUGCGCCUGGCGCUCGGCCGCCUGAACCGCGGGGCCGGCCUGGCCGGCGCGCUCCCGGUGUGACGGUCCCCCGUCUGGAGGAAGCGGAGCCGGGGCGGCUAGAGACGGUGCGUGCGAGCACGGCCACCCACGCUCCAC